AUGCUGGUCGAGCGAGUUUCAGCAGGGACUCAGCUUCGUACGAGACUGUUCAGAGCGAGCGAGUUGCAUCUAGCGUCGCAGUUUGCCGUCAUAGCACACCCUCUCGCGGCAUAUGGCGGAGACUUUGACGAUCCCAUCGUCAAGCUCCUCACGAAGUGCUGUCUGGAGCAAGGCAUCGACGUGCUCACCUACAAUGCCCGUGGGACACCCUCGAGUGGCUUGAGCGCAACAUGGACCCGUCAGACCGAGGCAAAGGACUUCCUUGCGCUCGUGCAAGAGAUGAUUGACGCGAGAGGUCAUCUUGGACGGCUUCAUGGAUUUUGCAUUGGCUACUCCGCUGGAGCAAUGAGUGCUGCUCUUGGUCAUCAUGCUGCCACCCAAGACGUCGAGCUGAGCUUCUGCUGGAUCGCGAUGCCUGUCAGCUUGAUCUGGGCUUUGUGCUCCUUCCAGACCGGUUGGCUCUACACGUCCUUUGACAGCGUUGCGAGGCAUCAUCGGAUCCUCGUCGUCUUUGGCACGCAAGAUGCCUUUACUUCGCAUUCGGCAUACGCGCGCUGGACGGGUGUGCUCAGUCGCAAAGCGACUCCCGCCAGCCUGACUAGCUGGCUGACGCCGUUCGGAGCUGGCUGA